AUGAGCGCAGAGCGGGCUUUGAACCAGGGCAGCCCAGCAUCUGCAGCUAACCGGCGCCGGCUCGUGCACCCGAGUGCAGUGAUGAAGUUCAGGUACAUCUCCCGCAGUGGAUCGUGGAGUCGAGCCAGUGGACGAUGCCCCCUCCCCGCUGUGGACGUACAGUACCUCGAGGGCUUGCAUCAUACUGCAGACUGCAGCAUGUCUGGAAGCCCUUUGAACCGCAAAACAGCCGAGCAGCGGGUGGCCAAGCCGGGCUCCCACGAUGCAGCAGCCUGCCCCCGGUGCGGCGAACAUCCACCCAUCUUGUUCCUCUUCCUCUUCCUCUUCCUCUUCCUCUUCCUCUUCCCCGACCCUUUGUCAUUUUUCCUCCUCUUCUCCUUCUCCUUGUUCUCCUUGUUCUCCCACGACUUCUCCGACUUCACGACACCCAUUACUACCUACCACCAACACAAGAGUUGA